AAAAAAUACCAGGAAGCCUUUCCUGAUCAAAAAUUGUUGCCAAAACAUCAUUUUCUAGAACAUUAUCCAGAGAUGAUUAAAUGUUUUGGUCCUCUUGUAGCAUUAUGGACGAUGCGAUUUGAAGCCAAACAUAGCUUUUUUAAGCAGAUUGUUAGGCACACGAAGAACUUCAGAAACAUUACAUUGUCCUUGGCAAAAAAACACCAACUGAUGGUGGGCUAUCAUAUGGCCAGACCUGAAAUUGAACAAUAUUCCCCAGAAGUAACACAAGUCUCAAAGGUCCCAAUUGAAGUUCUCAAUGAAGACAUUGCAAACGUUCUCACCCAGAAAUACCCUGGGAUCACAGUUGUAAACUUAGUCCAUAGUGCAACCUUCAUUGGCUUUAACUACAAAAAGGGCAUGAUAGUUGUGCAUGGGUCUUGUGGUGGUUUGCCAGAAUUUGCAGAAAUAAUUCAGCCAUGUAUUUUACAAGAUGGUGUCAGUUUCAUCAUCAGGAAAUUGUGCUCAUGGUAUAGGGAGCACUAUAGAGCCUAUGAGUUGCAUCCAACAAGAGAGCUGGUGAUUCUGGAUGUGAAGGAGCUUGCUGACCCAUACCCUUUGGCUGACUAUAAUGUUGGAUCCAUACGAAUGGUGACAUUAAAGAGAUUUGUACAUGUGACGGAUUAAAUACAAGAUGGCUGCAACUAUAAGAGUUGUACUUGGAGUAAAUGAUGCAUCCAAACUGGCUCUUCCAACUGGAAUACCAGGUUCAGUGGCAGACCUUAAAGAAGAGAUUAAAAGACAUUUUGGCUUGUCAGGAAACUUUAGACUUCAGUACAGAGACACUGAAUUUGACAAUGAGUUUGUGAACUUGUCAUGUACUUCAGACAUCAAAGACAAGAGCACAGUGAAGAUAAUUUACUUAACAAAUGAUACAAAUGCGUCUCUACCUCACCAUGAGCCCACUGCUUCACCUCAAGGAGUUGAUAAUACGUCUUUAUCAUCUUUUUCAUCAACAUCAGACACUGACAUACUAUCCUCCCCUGGAUCUUCUGCAUCUGCAUCUUCGGGGUCCUCCCUCAGAUCACAGCCAUGGCCUCAUACCUUCCCACUACCUCAGUUCAAUUAUGAGGUUGACGUUCAGCUGGAGCAGGCCAACCUGGCCUUUCACAACAGUGGAACACUGCUGUGUCCAAGUACCAAACUUAAGUCUGCUAUCCUUGAAAGUUUGGCAUCAGAAAUUAUCAAAUACAAAAUGUAUCCUUCAAGUGCAGACCUUGAUGAUGUGAGUCAAGCUUUGAUAACAAAACAUCCUUGUUUAAAGGAGCAAGGAUCCGUUUCUGGGUACUAUGGUUGGAAAAUCAGUUUAAAAUACAAAAUGGCCAACUACCGCACCAGACUGAGGGGCAUUGGCUGCCCGGAGUUGAGCAUAAAUGCUAUGAAAGAAAAGGAUGGUUCCCUGAACCACAGCCCAAACCAGGUGAAAAAGCCUCGGAAAGCCGAAGUCAACUACUGUCCUGGUUAUCCUGCAGGCGAAUCUAAAGAGAGUCUUGAGGCUGAAAGACAAGCACUUCUAGUGGAGGUGAAAAAGAAGAACCAAGAGCAGAUUAAAAACAAAAUGGAAAGAACAUUUGCCUAUAGAAGGCAGGAAAUUAUCCAGGAUAUGCCCUUCAUCACAGAGUUACGGAGCAGAUGGCCUGCUCUGUUUUCAGAAAGAGAGGUUGAUGCAGAAUUUGCCAGAAUCACCACUGUCCCACUACGGUCAACUUUCAUGUUUCAACUCGAUCGGCAUACUGACAACUUACUGAAGGUCUUCCGUAAGAAGGGAGGGGCAGCAGGACAGAAAAUUAAGGUCAUUUUGGCAGCAAUGGACAAGGAUCCAAGUAUUGAGAAACGGAGAGAUUGUGUGCUCAAAGCAGUGUCUGUGUACCUAAAUGAAGAUCCACAACAUCUCAUUAAGGAAUACAUGGAUCUUGAUCCUGGUGCAAAGAAAGAUAUGGAGGAAACGAUGAUGGGAGUCUACGUCAUUUGGCAUGAGGGAGCAGAGGACACUGAUCAAGCUGAGGAUGUCGGUAUCAUUAUAGAGGGAGUUGAAGUGCUUCAGGGUCUCAGGUAUUUUGCGAAUGGGUGUGCACUACUGCUUGGCCUGAUCUACAGCUUAAAUCUAAGCUAUCCAAAAGACUUAAGAUACACUUUUGAGUUUGUCCAAAAAGUAUUGCUGGAUUUGGAUGGAAACAGAAUGUCUGCAAAGGUGCAGGUCUUGAAAAACCGACUGCACGAGUAGCUUCACUGCACAAGGCAAUAUCUGUGAUGUUCACUGCUUUUUGUUUUACAUGGUGUUAUUACAGCAGAUAAUAUUGUACUGUAUCAGCAAUGUUAAAUGUCAGCUGUUAAAGCCUGUUCAGGCCUGCCUUGUUUUUUGCCAUAUGGUGUGCUAAAGUUCUGUCCUUGGAGGUAUCUGCUUGCUUGGUAUUUAUUUUUUUACAAAACCAAAAGGCGUUGAAUUUAAUGUCAUAAUGACCAAGCACCAAGUUUCAAUUUUUACUUGAAGACACUAUGAUUAUUAUUGUUGGUUUUGCUUUGUAUUGAAUAGUGUAUCUUUUAAAGGGCCACUGAUGUUUACUGUUUUAUUACAGUUAGAAAAACAUUUGUUGUGAUUCACUUUAAAUUCAAUACCUGGAUGGAUAUUUUUGGUUUCACACUGUUUACAUGUGCAGCUUAAUUGAGCCAAAGGCAUAGCUUGACUAAGACAGAUAACUGGACAUAUUGCAGAGUCCAAGUCUACAUGCAGAGGAGAACAUGUUAUUAUUGGCUGUGUUUAUCUUAUCGUUCAAAGUGUUUCUUUACUGUAGCUUUCAC